UAUUGGACAACUCGUGUAAAUUAUUGUGUAUUGCAUCUAUCUUUUUCUAUGCAAACUUAAAAAUAAUAAUUAUAGCUCCGAAUCCAUCGAGAUUUGCAGGCAGUGAGCGGGGAUUUCGGCUGCAGCCGGCUGCGAGGUGUGUGCACGCUGUUAUAUAUAGAUUGACCAGCCAGUUUCCCGGCAAACUUACACACUUUGCGUGGCGGGGUGUGGUUAAAAAAAAAAGAGUGAAGACGAAGACUCGUAAAGCCUGAAAAACGCCUCCGGGUCUAAAGACAAUACAAAAACAAUUCGGCCCCUCGAUCGCCGUGGAACCUAAUCAUUUAUGCCGAGCGCAGAGAUGGAGUCUAAUUAGCAUAUCAAAUUGGAUGACGGCACUGGCGAAUAGUCGCCAUCUGCCGCUGCCUUCUGAUAAAAGCAAAAAACAACAAAAAAAAUAGAGAAACAGACCAAAAGAAAACAUUUAGUGUACUUUAUUCCCCAGAUUUGGCCAGUAAGUACGCAUAGAUAGGAUCCUAGACGACUGGCCGGCAAUGUGCUGGACAAGAUGUCCCGGCUCGCUGAUUAUUUCGUGAUAGUCGGCUACGACAGCGAUAAGGAGAAGACCGCCAGCAAUGUGGGCGGCCAGCCAACUUGCGGCAAAAUCGUUCAGCGCUUUCCCGAGAAAGAUUGGCCGGACACUCCGUUUAUCGAGGGCAUUGAAUGGUUCUGCCAGCCGCUCGGAUGGAGUUUAUCGUACGAGAAGCAGGAACCUAAGUUCUUCGUAUCGGUGCUGACGGACAUCGAUGCUAAGAAACACUAUUGCGCCUGCCUAAGCUUCCACGAGACGGUAGCCAUCACGCAGACGCGCAGCGUGGACGACGAGGAUGAGACCAUCGGUAGCAGCAGGAUGCUGGGGGCCACUCCCUCAAUGGAUGGCAUCGCUGCGACAGCUGCGCCAGCUCCUAUUACGCAUCACAGCGUCAUGUAUGCUCCCAAGUGUCUUGUGCUCAUAUCGCGCUUGGACUGUGCCGACACAUUCAAAAAUUGCCUCGGCACGAUAUACACAGUGUACAUUGAAAAUCUGGCGUAUGGACUGGAGACACUUAUUGGAAACAUUCUGGGCUGCAUCCAAGUCCCUCCAGCGGGUGGACCGCAGGUGCGAUUCUCCAUAGGAGCAGGCGACAAGCAAUCGCUCCAGCCUCCGCAGAGCUCCUCCCUGCCGACAACGGGAAGUGGAGUGCACUUCCUCUUCAAGCAGCUAGGCAUCAAGAAUGUGCUGAUCCUACUCUGCGCUGUGAUGACGGAGAACAAGAUUUUGUUCCUGUCCAAAUGCUAUUGGCACUUGACGGACAGCUGCAGAGCUUUGGUGGCUUUAAUGUAUCCCUUCCGGUAUACACAUGUUUAUAUUCCCAUUCUGCCGGCGCCCCUCACGGAGGUGUUGUGCACACCUACACCGUUCAUUAUGGGCAUACAUAGUUCGUUGCAAACUGAGAUUAAGGAUCUACUGGAUGUUAUUGUGGUGGAUUUGGAUGGCGGUUUGGUAACCAUUCCCGAAUCUCUUACUCCGCCUGUUCCUAUUCUUCCCUCACCACUGUGGGAGCAGACUCAGGACCUGCUCGGAAUGAUCCUGUUCCCGAACCUGGCGCAAGCUGAUCUGGCUUUUCCCACACUGGAGCGACCGUCUGCUCUGUCCAAGACUGACGCUCAGAUCGACAAGGAACUCCGCGCCAUAUUUAUGCGCCUCUUCGCUCAGCUACUGCAAGGAUAUCGCUCCUGCCUUACAAUCAUAAGGAUCCAUCCAAAGCCGGUAAUCACGUUUCACAAGGCUGGAUUCCUCGGCGCCAGGGAUCUAAUCGAGAGCGAAUUCCUAUUUCGUGUAUUGGACAGCAUGUUCUUCACCACGUUCGUGAACGAACGAGGACCUCCCUGGCGGGCCUCUGAUGCCUGGGAUGAACUUUACAGCUCCAUGAACGAAUUGCUCAAGUCAGAGGCGCAAAAUCGGAAUCUCAUACUCACACAUAUCCAGGAAUUGGGACGCGUUCUUUACGAGAAUGAGGGCACAUUGGCACAUAUUAGCUAUGCCCAGAAGGUCCUGCGUCCGCCGGAGGGCGCAUUCCAGAGGAUUCAUCAGCCAGCUUUUCCGCGCAUUAGUGCGGAAAAGGUAGAAGUAAUCAUCCAGGAUGGAAUUCGCAAGAACGGAGUGCCACAACGCUUUCAUGUUACCCGAAAUCAACACCGGAUCAUUCCGAUGGGUCCUAGAUUGCCCGAGGCGUUAGAUGUGCGUCCCAAUGUCCAAAACUCGGCCCGACGACUGGAGGUGCUACGGAUCUGUGUGUCAUACAUCUUCGAGAACCGAAUUACAGACGCCAGGAAACUACUGCCAGCUGUGAUGCGAACCUUGAUGCAUCGAGAUGCAAGAUUGAUUCUCUGCCGCGAGUUUUUUGGAUAUGUUCAUGGUAACAAGGCUGUGCUGGACCAUCAGCAAUUUGAGUUGGUUGUGAGAUUCAUGAACAAGGCGCUGCACAAAUCCUCCGGGAUUGACGAGUACACAGUAGCUGCGGCUCUACUGCCGAUGUCCACAAUCUUUUGCCGAAAGUUAUCUACAGGAGUGGUGCAGUUCGCUUACACAGAGAUACAAGAUCACGCCAUUUGGAAGAACCUUCAGUUUUGGGAAUCCACAUUCUUUCAGGAUGUCCAGGGUCAGAUAAAGGCGUUGUAUCUACAACACCGUCGACAGAACGAGCAUCAAAAGGAGGCAAACUGUGUGCUAGAUGAGGUUCCGCUGGAGGAGCCAACAGCGCUUGAGAUUACGGCCGAGCAGCUUCGCAAAAGUCCCAACAUCGAGGAAGAGAAGAAGGCGGAGCUGGCUAAGUCUGAAGAAGGUACUUUGUAUAGCCAGGCGAUACAUUUUGCAAACCGAAUGGUCUCAUUGCUGAUUCCUCUCGACGUCAAUGUGGAUGCGGCCAGUAAGCCGAAGCCAGCGUUUCGUCUGGAGGAAAAUCAGAGUGUUUCUAAUAGUAUUAUGGGCUCACACAGCCUGAGCGAACAUUCCGACGAAGAAUUUGAGGAGAACAAUGCACUGGAAAUAGGCGUCACAGUUGGGAAAACAAUUUCCCGCUUCAUUGACUGCGUAUGUACCGAAGGUGGAGUAACCUCUGACCAUAUACGCAAUCUGCAUGACAUGGUGCCGGGUGUAGUGCACAUGCACAUCGAAUCCCUGGAACCGGUUUAUCUAGAGGCCAAGCGUCAUCCCCAUGUCCAAAAGCCGAAGAUUCAGACACCAUGCCUGCUGCCGGGAGAGGACUUGGUUACCGACCACCUGCGUUGUUUCCUCAUGCCGGAUGGACGCGAAGACGAAACCCAGUGCCUGAUACCCGCCGAGGGAGCUCUUUUCCUCACCAACUACCGUGUGGUGUUCAAAGGUUCUCCUUGUGAUCCCUUAUUCUGCGAGCAAGUGAUCGUGCGCACUUUUCCGAUUGCCUCCUUGUUAAAGGAGAAAAAGAUAUCGGUGCUGUACCUGGCUCAUCUGGAUCAAACGCUGACAGAAGGACUGCAGCUGCGCUCCAGCAGCUUUCAACUUAUCAAGGUCGCCUUUGACCCCGAAGUAACCCCCGAGCAAAUUGAGAGCUUUAGGAAGAUAUUGAGCAAAGCUCGCCAUCCGUUCGAUGAGUUUGAGUACUUUGCGUUUCAAUCUUAUGGCACCAUGCUUCAGGGAGUGGCCCCGUUAAAAACAAAAGCGAAAUACUCCACCAUCAAGGGAUUUGCAAUUAAGACGCUAAUCCGAGGAGCCAAAAAGGCUGGAUUUAAAGAGAAGCAGCAAACCAAGCGUAAGUUGGUUUCCGACUAUGAUUAUGGAAGUGCUGAUGCCCAGGAAACACAGUCUAUCGACGAUGAGCUGGAGGACGGAGAUGAGUUUGAAACUCAAAACAAUACCAUGCCUAGAUUGCUGACAACAAAGGAUGUUGAACGAAUGCGGGAGAGGAGCUAUGUACAGGAUUGGAAAAGACUCGGAUUCGAUGCGGAAGCUCAGCGUGGCUUCCGUAUAAGCAAUGUUAAUACUAGUUAUGCUACUUGUCGUUCAUAUCCGGCGAUAAUUGUGGCUCCAGUGCAGUGCAGUGAUGCCGCAAUAUUGCAUUUGGGUCGUUGUUUCAAGGGUCAGCGAAUACCACUGCCCACUUGGCGACAUACGAACGGAGCGCUGCUCAUUCGAGGUGGUCAACCUAACAGCAAGUCCGUCAUUGGAAUGCUGAAGAACACGACAGGAAGCAAUACGAACGCCCAUCACGAUGUAACCCAUUAUCCUGAGCAGGAUAAAUACUUCCUAGCCCUGAUAAACACGAUGCCGAAACUAACGCCACUGGCUCUCAAUCAGUACUCGGGCAUGAAUCUCUCGAUGAGCUCGUUGAUGGCCCAUGGCUCCGCCGAUGAUCGUCAGCCUCUUACGCCGGAACUAUCACGCAAACAUAAAAACAAUCUGGAUGUAAGCGAUGGCAGCAAGUCUAGUCAAGGAGGUAAAGGCGGAACGAUGAAGGGAAAUUCUAAAAACUCAUCAUCACAUCCAUUCCGCAAGGUUCGGCUUUACGCAUUGGGAGAAAAAUCUCAAGCCAAGUCGAACAUGAAUGUGGACUUUUGCGCGGACUUUAUCCCAGUGGACUAUCCAGACAUCAGGCAAUCGAGACCCGCCUUCAAGAAACUGAUACGCGCCUGUAUGCCAUCGCACAAUACCAACGAAGCGGAUGGUCAAAGCUUUGCCAAGAUGGUGGAGCAGUCUGACUGGCUGCAGCAGAUCUCCUCUCUAAUGCAAUUGUCUGGUGCCGUAGUUGACCUCAUUGACUUGCAGGAAAGCAGUGUAAUGCUAUCUCUGGAGGAUGGCUCCGAUGUAACCGCCCAACUUAGUUCAAUAGCCCAGCUGUGCUUGGAUCCCUACUAUCGCAGCCUGGAUGGUUUCCGUGUGCUGAUUGAGAAGGAGUGGUUGGCCUUUGGUCAUCGCUUUGCUCAUCGAAGCAAUCUCAAACCCUCGCAUGCAAACACAAACAUUGCAUUUGCCCCAACUUUUCUGCAGUUUCUAGAUGUAGUUCAUCAGCUGCAGCGCCAGUUUCCAAUGGCCUUCGAAUUUAAUGACUUUUAUUUGAGAUUCCUGGCAUAUCACUCAGUGUCGUGCCGCUUCCGCACUUUCCUUUUUGACUGUGAGCUUGAGCGCUCAGACUCCGGCAUUGCCGCGAUGGAGGACAAGCGCGGAUCGUUGAAUGCCAAACAUAUUUUUGGAACUGGUGGCAUGACGACCAAUGGAUCCGACGAUGAGUGCAAUGUGUAUCCUCUGGAUAUAAGAAAUCAAAGAACACCCGCACCCAUAAAUCGCAUUGGCCACUCGAUUUUCGAUUAUAUUGAAAGGCAACAUAACAAAACGCCUAUAUUUUAUAAUUUCUUGUAUUCGGGGGACAAAAGCAUGACUCUGCGACCGCAAAAUAAUGUUGCCGCUUUGGAUCUAUGGAGUUAUUAUACCAACGAGGAGCUGGCCCAAGGAGCGCCUUACGAUUUGGAAGUGACCACCGUCGAUGACGAAGUCGAUCUAUCCGAGACGAAGGGAAAGCGCACGGUCAUAACCGCGGGAUAUGACAACAUGGAGAAGUGCAAUCCCAAUGCCUAUGUUUGCCUGAUCAGCGAAGUAAAGCAAGCGGAGACGGAGCGAGGACAUCUACCGCAAAAAUGGCUGCAGGUAUGGAACAGUCUCGAGGUGCCCCAAUUAGAUCCAGUUGCACGGAAUACUUCUCUGGGAAACAUCUUCGUACAAACACAUCAGCACAAACGCUCUACGCUGGAGAUUAUUAUGAAGGGACGGCUGGCAGGCUACCAGGACAAGUACUUCCACCCUCAUCGUUUCGAGAAGCAUCCUUACACCACUCCCACCAACUGCAACCAUUGCACCAAGCUGCUCUGGGGACCCGUUGGCUACCGGUGCAUGGACUGCGGCAACUCCUAUCACGAAAAGUGCACGGAGCACUCAAUGAAGAACUGCACAAAGUACAAAGCCAUCGAUGGGGCUGUGGGGCCACCAAACGUGAACAUGUCACAGGGCGAUACAGCCAGCAUCGCUUCCAGUGCCGCAACGACGGCGCGCACCUCCAGCCAUCACUUCUACAACCAGUUUAGCAGUAACGUUGCCGAAAAUCGGACGCACGAGGGACAUCUGUACAAACGUGGCGCUUUGCUCAAAGGAUGGAAACAGCGUUGGUUCGUUCUGGACUCGAUUAAGCAUCAACUUCGUUACUAUGACACUUCUGAGGAUACCGCUCCAAAAGGCAUAAUUGAACUGGCUGAGGUGCAAUCUGUAACUGCCGCUGCCGCACAACCAACACAAAUUGGCACAAAAGGUGUAGAAGAAAAAGGAUUUUUCGAUCUUAAAACAUCAAAGCGCACCUAUAAUUUCUACGCAGUCAAUGCUAAUUUGGCACAGGAAUGGAUUGAAAAGUUGCAGGCAUGCUUGCAAUAGAUAGACGAUGAAAAAUCAUGCUUUUUCCAAAAUCCGAAUUGCGGUAAUUUUCCUUUAAGUUCUGUUUUGUCCGGCGAACGGAAGUUUUGUUGUAGGAUAAGUCAGAAUGUUUCCAGUUCUACGUAUUAUUAUUUUGAAUCUGUGGCUCUGCCAUCAUAUCAUAGCUAAAACUAUCAGUUUAGAAUUUCCUUAGUUGAAAAAUCAUUCGCACCCAUUAACAUAAAUGUUAGCAACAAUUAUGCCAAGCAACAAGCAAAACGUUAGUUAAAAAAAAAAUGAAAUCCAUCUGUAAAUGUGAAUGUAAAGAAACUAUAAAAUUAUGUGAUUAUAUAAACAAAACAAAAAAUCAGACUAUAUGAUAAAUUAACGAUAAAAUGGAAAAGCCACAACCGCAAGUUUUUGAUAUAAUUUUUUUAUAUACAUAUAUAUAAAUAUAUAUAAUCCUUAUGCCUAAACUAUAUAGGUUUAUAGUGAAUUUACCAAAGAUUAUUCCACCUUUGUUGCGCAAUUGAAAUGCAUUUCUUGAUUGCUUCCUUUAAACUAAACCCUAUUAUUAAACGCUUUCCUUUAUUUAUACACUACAUGGUAAUCAAUAUAAUACAUACUUUAAUGCAAUUAUUUGUGGCUUACAAACGAUAAUAUACAUUUUUAAACAAAUGCGC